CCAGGCAAACAUGAGGCAGCUGCCAGCCAGCCUGGGCAGUCCUGUCUGCCUCGGCUGUGAAGUGGGGAGGCCUGGCAACAGUUGCCUUCAGCACCCAGGAUGCAGCCGGCUAAGCUGUUCGGACAGGCACAUGGUGGUGUCUCACGGCGGUCCUCCUCUGCGUUGCCAGAGUGGCUACUGACGGAGGUGACAAAGGCAUCGGACGGCAGCCUCCUGGGGGACCUCGGGCACACGCCACUUAGCAAGAAGGAGGGUGUCAAGUGGCAGAGGCCAAGGCUCAGCCGCCAGGCUUUGAUGAGAUGCUGCCUGGUCAAGUGGAUCCUGUCCAGCACAGCCCCACAGGGUUCAGACAGCAGCGACGGUGAGCUGGAGCUGUCUGCGGUGCGCCACCAGCCGGAGGGGCUGGACCAGCUGCAGGCCCAGACCAAGUUCACCAAGAAGGAGUUGCAGUCUCUCUACAGGGGCUUUAAGAAUGAGUGUCCCACGGGCCUGGUGGACGAAGACACCUUCAAACUCAUUUACGCGCAGUUCUUCCCUCAGGGAGAUGCCACCACCUAUGCACACUUCCUCUUCAACGCCUUUGAUGCCGACGGGAACGGGGCCAUCCACUUUGAGGACUUUGUGGUCGGCCUCUCCAUCCUGCUGCGGGGCACAGUCCACGAGAAGCUCAAGUGGGCCUUUAAUCUCUACGACAUUAACAAGGAUGGCUACAUCACCAAAGAGGAGAUGCUGGCCAUCAUGAAGUCCAUCUACGACAUGAUGGGCCGCCACACCUACCCCAUCCUGCGGGAGGACACGCCGGCAGAGCACGUGGAGAGGUUCUUCCAGGCCAGGGGCAGGGCUGUCUCUGCUGGGGCACAGACUCACCUUGGGCGUGGCUUGGGUUGCAGAAAAUGGACCGGAACCAGGAUGGGGUGGUGACCAUUGAAGAGUUCCUAGAGACCUGUCAGAAGGACGAGAACAUCAUGAGCUCCAUGCAGCUGUUUGAGAAUGUCAUCUAGGACACGUGUGGAGGAGUGCAUGGCCAUGGCCACCUCCACCCCCAAGAAACCUCCAUCCUGCCAGGAACAGCCUCCGAGAAACUUUUAAAAAAUAGAUUUGCAAAAAGUGAACAGAUUGCUACACACACACACACACACACACACCCAGAUACAGCCAUUCAUCUGGGCUGGCAGAGGGGGACAGAGGUCAGGGAGGGGCUGAGUCUGGCUGGGAGCCGAGUCCAGGAGCCCCAACCAGCUCCCCCCAGGCCAGCGAGGCGAGGCUGCCUCUGGGUGAGCAGCUGACAGAGCAGGUCUGCAGGCCACCAGCCGCUGGAUGUCACCAGGAAGGGGCUCAAGUGCCCCUGCAGGGGAGGGUCCAAUCUCCGGUGAGCCCACCUCGUCCUGUUUUCCAUUCUGCUUUCUUGCCACGCAGUGGGCCGGCUCCGGGCUCCCCUGGCCUCCUCCCCACAGCCACUCCCUACCCACUACCUACGCUUCUAGAAAGCCCUUUACCUCAGGACCCCAGAGGGACCAGCUGGGGGGUAGGGGAGAGGGGUUGAUGGAGGCCGAGCCUGCAGCUUUCUGGAAAUGCUUCCCUGGGGGUCCCGGGACCCUCUGCCACUCCACUGACCUGGAAGAGCUGGGUACCAGGCCACCCACUGUGGGGCAAGCCUGGGUGGUGAGGGGCCACUGGGCCCCAUUCUCCCUCCAUGGCAGGAAGGCGGGGGAUUUCAAGCUUGGGGACUGGUCAUGGUGGAGAAUCCGAGGGCACUCUCUGCCAGCUCCACAGGGUGGGAUGAGCCUUUCCUUGUCCUAGUCCUGGUUCAGUGGGAAUGCAGUGGGUGGGGCUGUACAUACCCUCCAGCACAGACUGUUCCCUCCAAGGUCCUCUUAGGUCCCGGGAGGAGGCACGUGGUUCAGGGACUGGCAGCCAGGGAGCCCGGGGCAGAGCUCAGAGGGGCCUGGGAAGGAGCACGUCCCUCCUCUUCCUGCAGUGCCCCUCCUGUGGCCCAGCGGCUUGGCUGAGCCCCCUCUCCUGAAGCAGUGUCGCCGUCCCUCUGCCCAGGCUUGCCCCAGCCUUGCACAAAAAGCACAAGCAUUCCUUAGCAGCUCAGACGCAGCCCUGGUGGGAGCCCAGCACACUGCUUCUCAGAGCCCAGGCCUCCUGCUGGCUGAGGCUUGGGCCCAGUAGCCCCAAUACGGUGGCCCUAGGGAAGAGGCCUGGGGGUUCUGCUCUGUGCCUGAGAUCAGCAGGGCCCCAAAGCCCAGCCCGGCUGACCAACAUUCAAAAGCACAAACCCUGGGGACUCUGCUUGGCUGUCCCCUCCAUCUGGGGAUGGAGAAUGCCAGCCGAAAGCUGGAGCCAACGGUGAGGGCUGAGGAGCCUGGCGCUGGGUGGUCAGCAGAAACCCCUGGAGGAGAGAGAUGCUGCUCGCACCUGCCCGGGCCUCACCGAGAAAGAACCUGGUCGGAGGCCGCACGGCCCCUCCAGGAACAUUCCCACAUAAUACAUUCCAUCGCAGCCAGCCCAGCUCCACUCAGGGCUGGCCCGGGGAGUCCCCAAGUGCCCCAGGAGGCUAGCCCCAGGGUGAGCAGGGCCCUCAGAGGAUAGGCAGUGUGGUGGAGGCCCCUCGGCAUUCAGGCACAGCGUGGCCUCCCCCGCGGAGCUGCACGGACACCUGGCUCCAGACUCCAGGCUGACAGGGGGCCUCUGCCUCCCGGAGGGCAUCAGCUUUUCCUGGCUCAGAGAUCUUCUCCCUCCCCUCUCCCCCUGCCCAGCCCUCCCAGCUGGUGUCACUCUGCUAAGACCAAGGCCUCAGGAGAGCGUCCGCACCACACCCCUGCCCACGUGGACCUCGGGGCCAGACUGGCUGCACAGCCCAACUGGGAGGGGUCUGCCUCCUGCGCUGGGACCAGACCGGCCGCAUGUCUGCAUGGCAGAAGCGUCUCCCUCGGCCACGGCCUGGGAGGGUGGUUCCUGUUCUCAGCAUCCACUAAUAUUCAGUCCUGUAUAUUUUAAUAAAAUAAACUUGACAAAGGAGAGGGA